UUUACUUCCGGGUCCUCUGGUACCAUUCGGGUCCUGUCAAGAGGAAACAGAGAAGCAAGUUUAGGUUAACGGAUGUGGAUGUAGAACUUGUCCAGAUCCGUGAUGCCCUUGGAGGUCAAAUGGCCGUUCCCGCAAUGCCCCGCAUUGGCCUGGAGACUCUCCGGCUCGCUCAUUAUGGGCAUGGUGGGCUCCUACUCCUACUUUUGGACCAAGUACAUGAAUUGUCUGACAGUCCACAACCAGGAGGUUCUGCUGGAGCUAAUUGACCGGCGGCCCCCUGACACGCCCCUUAUCACGCUGUCCAAUCACCAGUCAUGCAUGGAUGACCCUCACAUUUGGGGCGUCCUGAAGUUCAGACACUUGUGGACUUUUAACAAGAUGCGAUGGACCCCAGCAGCAUCUGACAUCUGCUUCACAAGAGAGUUGCACUCUCGAUUCUUCAGCAGAGGAAAGUGUGUUCCGGUCUGUAGAGGUGAGCGAUGUCAGCUCCGUUGUUGUACUUCACUACCUGAGCAUCGUUUUUAUUUUGUUCCUUCUUCAGGAGACGGCGUUUACCAGAAGGGAAUGGAUUUUGUUCUAGAUAAACUGAACAAAGGGGAAUGGGUGCACAUUUUUCCAGAAGGUAAAAUCAACAUGACUGAAGAAUUCAUCAGGUUAAAAUGGGGUGUUGGACGCCUCAUAGCAGAGUGCAGCCUCAAUCCAGUCAUCUUGCCACUUUGGCACGUGGGUUUGAGUGAUGUCCUGCCUAACAUGACUCCUUACAUUCCCCGGAUCGGCAAGAGAAUCACCAUCCUCGUGGGGAAGCCUUUCAGUGUGAAAGACCUGGUAGAAAACCUCCAAGCUGAGAAUAAAAGCCAGCUAGAAAUGAGGAAGACGUUGACUGACUUCAUCCAGGUGGAGUUCCAGAGCCUUAAAGUCCAAGCCGAGGCGCUUCAUGGUCAGACCCAGACCAAAUCCUGAACCAAAGCAGCCUGUUGAACUCGGAAAGGACAACAUUUGAAGCUUUUAUAGAAGGACCUCAAUCAACAGAACUUUAUCUGCUGCAUGUCGGCAAAGUGGGACUGAAUAUAAACCAGUAUAAACCAGUAUCUUCUCUGUGCACAUGCACACAUGGACGACACUGGAGCGCAUGGUCUUCUUCAGGAGUGUCCAAAGUGGUGCCAGAGGGCCAUUUUUGGUCCAUAUAUUUUUUUUAUUGGCCUCAGUAUACUCUUAAAAUAAUACUGUUUAGAAGGGACCUAUGAUGUUCGUUUUAUAUACUGACUUAUAGACUCCUAUAGAGCAGCUACACACAAUAACCCGUACAGAAAGCUUUCGAGAGCUUCCAGAUUCUCCACCUAGUUUGACAUUCAAAUGUUUAGAUUAAGUCAAAUUAACUUUUUUGUGAGUAGUAUAUAAGGACCUACAUGGGAUUGGUUUAGUGUAGGAAAUUCUAUCAAAUGUAGGGUAAAGUGUGCUACUUUCCUGUCACUGUAUUUGUGCCAUUGGAUGGUUAUGUUCUAUUAUUCAUUCUUCAUGCUUUGCUCACCUCUAAUCCAACCCAAUUCCUUUCAUUGUUUUUAGCACAGUAGAAGAUUUUCUUCUUUGGAAUAAGAUGUUCUCAGACCAGCUCCUGGUUGCCAAUAAAGCUUUGGACAUUUUUACCUUUGAA